UUGGUGGAAGAUGGCGGACUGAGUGACUUGACGAUGUAACUGUUGUAUAGAGUCACAGCGAAUAUAGAAACACAUACCUCAAAUAUUCGUCUUUUCUGAAGCCCAAAAGUUGAGUACGGAGUUUUAUCUGAAGAUUGAAGACGUGAUAGAAGAUGGACGACUACUGCUAUGCUAAGAUGGCGACGUCCGCUAAAAGAGAACAUGAAAGAGAAUCAACUUCCAGCAAAUCACCAACGGAGAUAAAGACGAACGAUGAAGACGUCCAGCAGGCGAUUUGUCAUCCAGAAGAAGUUUCCCCUCAGUCAGGGGGGAGCUCCACUUUGAAGCAAGAGACUCCACAACCACCCUGCAUUAAAAAGCUCUGGAUACCUCUUGGACCGCAAGAGGCUGAUCUCACCAAGUUGCCACUGACUGUUGUCUCUGUGAAGACUGAAGAUGAUGAAGAGAAACCACAAGUAGACAACCUCUUAGCUCCACUAUCAGAUAGUGAGGCUGAAGAUGAGGUUGAAGUAACUUUGAGCAGCGAUACAGACUGUGAAGGUGAUAUGAGGACUCACACUGACAACAAACACGCUGAAUGCUCAAAAAAGAAGAAAGGUAACAAAUGUUUGAGCUGCUCAGUUUGUGCUAAAAGUUUUACAACCAAUAGCCAUUUGACACAGCACAUGAGAACGCACACAGGAGAAAAACCAUUUAAUUGUUCAGUUUGUGGUAAAAGCUUUUCUCAAAAAGGAUGUUUGUCCCAACACAUGAGAACACACACAGGAGAAAAAACAUUUAAUUGCUCAACUUGUCAUAAAAGCUUUACUAAAAACUGCAAUUUGACCCAACACAUGAGAACACACACGGGAGAAAAAGCAUUUCGGUGCUCAGUUUGUUGUAAAAGUUUUACUAGAAAGAGCCAUUUGACAGAACACAUGAGAACCCACACAGGAGAAAAACCAUUUUCUUGCUCAGUUUGUGGUAAAAGCUUUUCUCAAAAGAGCAGUGUGACUCAACACAUGAGAACACACGCCGCAGAAAAAGCAUUUAAGUGCUCAGUUUGUCGCAAAAGCUUUACUGAACAUUGCAAUUUGACCCAACACAUGACAACACACACUGGAGAAAAAAUAUUGAGUUGCUCCGUUUGCAGUCAAUUCUUUGUUUCCAGACAAGGUUUAUUUCAACACAUGAGAAAACACACAGGUGAAAACAUAUUUAAUUGUUCAGUUUGUGGCAAAAUAUUUUCUCAAAAUGGCAAUUGGACUGAAAACAUGACAAAACACACUGGACAAAAACCAUUUAGUUGUUCAGUCUGCUACAAAAUGCUCUAUCAUAUUAUAGACGAAGUAAGACACAAAAGAACACACAAGGGAGAAUAACCAAUCAAAGUUAUGUGGCGACAUUCAUCCAAACCCAGGACCUCCUCAAAAUAAAUUCCCUGCUUAAUUCGCAAAUAUCCCAUGUCUUCGGAUACAUUUUGAUUAUCUAGAGCAUAAUCUUAUCUCCUCAUGGCCCCAUGUCUUUUGAGUAUCUGAAACGUUCCUGAUUAGUAAGAGAGAUGAUGCUUGUAGUGUUUGGUUACUCCUUCUUUCGACCUGAUGAGUCUCGCUGGGGAGGAAUUGUAGUCUUCUUCAGUGAUGCUUCUACUGCCUCCAGAAUAUCCGACUUUGAACACCAACAACAUGAAUCUUUUAUCCUGAAACUACACCUCCCAGGUUGCCUGGGGCCUCAUGUAAUAAGACUUGCGUGAAUUGUUUUGACUAAAAAUGGUGUACAUUCAAUUUCAGAAAACAAGUUGGGCACAAUAAAAAUCAGAUGUUUUAAAGUGUUAAUUAAAGGGGAACAUUAUCACCAGAC